UGCAUCAGUGAAUACAGUAGCAUAGGCACUGUGCACCAUUUAUGUACACAGACAAGGACUUAGCAAUGUACUGUAUUGUAUGGAGAUGAUCCAGCCACACCGGUAUAGAUGACACUACACUCACACACCAGUAUAGAUGACACUACAGUCACACACCAGUAUAGAUGACACUACAGUCACACACCAGUAUAGAUGACACUACAGUCACACACCAGUAGAGAGCAUCUGCCAGGAUUUAGGAAUAACACAAACAUAAUCUGGAUAUUUACUUUAAUACCAGUAACUAUGGAAGUUCAGCUUACUUGUUGACAGUGCUCUCAUAAAGAUUGAAAUCUGAAACUGUUUUGUGACGAACAAAAUUCCAUCUGGAUUAUAAAAACAUUAACUUGACCCAAUGUUGCGACUCGAUGAUGCUCUUGCUAAUAUGCGACAUCAGGGUUACAGUGGCAGUAACUAUGACCGCUACGUCGAGCGCAAUGAGCAGUCGACCCUGCAUCAGAUGAAGAAGACAUACUACACCACCAAACAGGCCGUAUACAAGAAACUCGGAAAGAAGGAAGAUGCACAUGUGGUGGCAUCCGAUUCAGAGCUGGAUUCUAAAAUUGAGGUCUUCAAGGCCAUUCAGAGGUCAUGCAUGGACUUGCUGAGGAACAUUGAAAAAUAUCAGGACAGACUAUGUGCACUUUCACAAGAAGAGAACGCGAUGGGUCGCUUCCUCAAGACACAGAGUCAGCUGGAUAAGACACGAGCCGGCAAGAUGAUGGCGGCGGUGGGCAAGUCACAGAGCUUCUCCUCUCAGCAAAGAUUAGCCUUGCGAGUUCCACUUGUUCGACUCUACCAAGAAGUUGAGACAUUCCGUUACCGUGCCAUCUCCGACACACUGAUGACCAUCAACCGGAUGGAAGCGGCCAGGACUGAAUACCGUGGUGCCCUCUUGUGGAUGAAGGAUGUAUCAGAGGAGUUGGAUCCCGACACGUAUAAACAGCUAGAGAAAUUUAGAAAGGUCCAAGCUCAAGUGAAGAAGACAAAGGCCAAGUUUGACAAACUCAAGCUCGACUCGAUGCAGAAGAUCGAUCUGUUGGCUGCGAGUCGAUGUAACAUGUUCUCACACGUUCUCGCUAACUACCAGACGACGUUACUUCACUUCUGGGACAAGACGUCACGUACGAUGGCGGCCGUGUCGGAGAGCUUUAAGGGAUAUCAACACUAUGAGUUCAACAUGCUGAAGGAGUUAGCUGAACCAAGUCGUAAACUUGCUGAGGAAACGAGUAAUCAUGAGGCUCCGGAGCGGGACACAGAUCGCAAGAAAGAUGGCCGAAAGCAACAAAUUCGUGGGGACAUAGUCGAUAGUUUUGUAGAUGAAAAGUUUAGCCUCCUUGAGCCUGGUGAUCCUACUCAGGAUGACAAACCUGAAAGAGAUGUUGGUGAUGAAACUGACAGUGAGAAGAUUCACCGUGAACGGCUAUCGGUAGAGGAGGAGGGGCAAGAUGCAAUAUGUCACAAAUGUGAACAAAUUAAAUCUUCAGCAGAGUCUUCGUUGAUAUCGUUUGGUGAGGAGGAAGGUGCUAGGAAAGAUGGCAUGGAUGCUGAUCGCGAUAGUUUAGAGAAUUUCUUUGAUGAUGAUGAAUAUCAUGAUGAAGUGCCAGCAAAACCAGCCGGGAAAGGAACUGGGGAUUCAACAGAUUCCAAAUAUUCCGAUUUCCAAUCGAAAGAUGGCAAAAUGGAAGGAUUCAAUUUUACAGGAAAAAUAGACAAAAAGGAACGAAAGGCGAGAGAAAAAAUGGAAAAAUUACAAGGUAAAGAUCUCCUCUCCGAUGACCUGGAACCUGAUGACGCAGACAAGGAUGAUAUGACCUUACUGAAUGAAAUCCUAAAUGCACCGUCAACCGGCGGGGAUGACUUCACCAAGGAGUGGCAGGCCGUGUUUGGUGAUACGCCGCUCUCAACGACCGGCAACUACACGCCAGUGGAAAGUGACCAGCCACCAGAGUUGAAUGAGUAUAUGCCAUCAGCACUGCUUGAUAUGACGGCGGGGGUGGGCCAGAUGAAUCUCGGGCAGGCCCAGAUGCCACAAGAUAUCACAAAUUUCGACAACUUGGAAUUUGAUAGUUUUGUGAGCGGUAAGGACAGCACAAAUGAUAUAGGGGGCGCAGCAAGCGUUGCUCAUCCUGGUAUUUUUGGAACGGUGCCCUCACAGAAACCCGCAGGAGCGUCACAAUCUGUGCGACCUCCAUCCACAUCCACGGGGGCACACCCACCCCGUCGUGCACCUCCGCCACCCACAGGUAUGAUGCCAGGUCAACCGAUGCCAGCGAUGGGACAGAUGCUGCCCCCUGGUGGUGCCCAACAACAACAAGCCACCCAACCUACAGCAGGACAAGCUCAAGGUCCACGACCCAAGGCCAAGAAGGAGGCGGACUGGAAGGAGAAAUUGCGAGAAAAGCAAAUGCAGGCCCCGCCGGGACAACAGAAGGACAUGUCGGCCUGGUUCAACCUGUUCGCUGACCUUGACCCUCUCGCCAACCCAGACGCCGUCGGCAAAACGGAGGCAGAAUUAGCAGCUGAUGCCUUAUAAGGCAAGGUCAAAGGUCAUGGAAACUGUGAUUAAAUCAUGAAGAUGUGGCUAUGACAUUUCAAAGACGUUCGAUGGAUAUUUAUGUGGUGUUAAACCAGGAUUGUUUGCAGGAGCCAGGAGUGGCUCUCCACGUGACUGACAGUGAGGCUGCUGGAUCUGGUUUCAAGUCCGGAUCAGCAGUACAUGCUGGAAUAGUGGGCCUACUUGAUGUAAUGUGAGAGAGGAAAGACACCUAUUGGCCAUGUGGCUAACAUCAAUGUGACCCACUUGGCUUCUUACUGAAGUCCGACUUUUUCAGAUAUAAUUCUGUUUCUACAUUUAGGAGGGCGAAAUAGUUCUAGCCCCUGCUGCCCUCUCUCUGGGAGAAGUGGUAGCUUUCUCUGAGGGAGUACCAAAAUUAUAAAUAUUUUAUCUUUAUUUUGUUGAGGAACUACCAAUACCUUUUGUGGGGGUAGCAGGGGUUGGAACAAGUUUUAGAGGGCUAUCUGAGGAAAACCUAUUGAUGGCUGUCAGACACUUAUUACUGCAAAGAGUGGAAGACUGGUAUCCAUCUUGCCCGUACAGUGUGCUUUAACAUCACUAUCGCCCUCUAACAAGGAGUGAUGUAACUAUGAAUUUCUGACAGCCAUUGUCAUUUUCACAGGACCUUCCUUUAAGCAUUACUGCCAAAGUCUUCUUGUGAUGAUUUUAUUUAGGAUAAAUUGAUAAAAUAAGUUAUUUAUUCGCAGCUUCCUUGUACGAGAGGUGAGCUGCCAAUGGGAUAUGUGCAUGUGAUGUAAGCUAGAGAUGAGGUGUGUUUAGAGGACGUGCCUGUCAGCAAGAAUAUAGAAGGACAAAGUGCUGGCAAGUGUGAACUUUAUUGGCCAAAGUUAAGCUCUCUCAUUAUAGUAUGGGGGCUAGACAUAAGACCAAUAACAUUCAAACUUCCUGCUUGUUAGUCCUCAUCUAUAUUUUCAUGAGAUAAAAUCUUGGUGUAAGUAAAAUUUGCAGAUGCACUGGUUUUGUAUUGAAAGUUGCUUUAAAGUAAAAUUCCAAACUGGCCUCAUUCUAGUCAAUCAAUAAGAUCAUCUGGAUACCCAGGCUGUCUUUGUAACCCGAUGGUCAUGGAGCUUCAAGACCACUCAAUGCUGUACAUGAAUGGCUCAUUGCAGCCAGCAGGGCCGGAGCAAUAGGACUCCAAGCUUCAUAAGGCUCACUGACAAAUGACCAUUUUGAAGCAAGAGAAUUGCAAUGAAAUCAUCUUGUGGUGUUCACAUGAUCAUCUGUUCUAGAAAUUGUGCUGUAAUAUUGUGUUCGCAGAAGAAAAAAUUGUAUUUAUUGAAGUCUUUUUUAAUAUAUCAUAUCUGUCUGUCUUGUAAAAUGUAGUCCCCAGUGAUUCCAAAAUGUUUUACAGGAUUCUGAAAUAGAUUUGACGACCCAUUCCAUUAAUUCUACUGCUUGAUGUAACAUUGUUACAUAACCUUCAGGAAUAUAGGCACAUGUGUCUGGUUCACUCAGUAAGAGAACUUGGUCUGCUUAUCUCGGUAGUCAGUGACUAGACAAACUUGGCUCCACCUGUUAAUCUUAUUGGAAAUAGCUCCAUGUAAAUAUGCUAAAGUCUUCAGCCAAGCGCUGAUGCAUUUUGGUGACAACGUAGCAGAAAUCAUAUAAGAGAAAAGGCCUGUUUAGUGCUAAAUGUGCCCUUCAUUUGCAUCUGUUUAAAAGAUUUAAAAAGUCUGAUUUUGCACAUUCCUCAAACAGCAGUCUCCAGGUCUCCCUGUUAAUGGGUUAAAUGAUUAAAGACCAGUGAAACCUCAGGUUCAUUUACACCUGGCAUUUCUGUACAUAACUAAGAUAAAAGCAAUGGCUGGUUUUCAUUCUUUUCACCAAGCCCUGUAUUGGCCAAUCAAAAUGCUUCUACCAAGCUGGUAUGGUGAAGAGAUCAUCACCAUGAUAGAUUAGAGGGCUUCUGAUUGGUCAAGAGAGCCAUGAUAGAUUAGAGGGCUUUCGAUUGGCUAGUUAGGUCAGGAGGGCCAGGUAUUCUGCUUGAGGAAUGUGUCAUUGACUGGGACAUGAUUGGCUAGUUAGGUCAGGAGUGCCAGGUAUUCUGCUUGAGGACUGUGUCAUUGACUGGGACAUGAUGUCACCUUGUAGGCUAAAUGAUCCUCCAUUCGGUGGUAGACUGUACACCAGUGACCAAACAUCUGUUGUAAUUGUACAUUGUUAAGUAUUAUGUCUACAUUUGUAUUUAUUAGAAAGUUGUUGUUAAGAUUCCAAGUGGCAGAAUGCAUUCCAUGUCGUCUUUGCUCUCAAACCUCCAGCCCAGGUGAUUAGCAGAACAUAUUUAACCCCCCCCCCCCUUCACCACCACCUCCAUUGGCUCCAAACUAAAUCAUUCCAGAAUCAAAUUGAACCACCAAAGAUAUUAAUGUGCCUGUCCAGGACUGUCAUGUCAUGUCUGUACAUUUCUACCGUUCCCUGCUUUUUUGGUGUCCAGGACUUGAAAAAAGAGGCGGACAUUCCCAAGAAAUCUAAAAGAAUACAGAAAGACUAAGCCGAGUUUCUCAUUGAAUCAUGUCAAUUUGAAGCCUAAUCAUUUUGCUAAUUCCUGCUUUUGAGAGAGAGCAAAGACACACAAUUUGCAGGGAGCCUGGGAAGAAGUUUCUCUCUGUUUAUCUUGAACCAUCAGCAGUUGCUCUGUCUCAUGUAUAUAAACAAAGUCAUGUGAGAUGUCUGGGUAAAGGGAGGAGGCUGUUUGUGUUGGCAUUUAGAAAUAAACAAUAUUACAUUUA